GCCACGCUGCCGCUCUCCCCUUGCAUUUAAACGCCCUGCAACAACUCUUCCUCCUUCUUCCACCAAAUUAAUAGGAUAGACAAGAAGUAAGCUAUGGUGUUGCUCUAUGCCGCUAGGAUCGCCAUGUCCUCCAUGAGUAAAACGACUGCUCUUUCUAAGGAGGAGGUAGAAAGGAAAGUGAGGGAGGCAACAUGUGCUUCAAAACAAGCUCAAGAAACGCUAGAGCAUCUUAUUUGGGUUUCCAAUGAAGAGAACGGGAAGAAUGAUAAUAAUGGGGUUGCCAUUGCCAAUGCCAAGGAUGAGGAGGAGAUGGGAGAUGGCAAUUUCGAAAGUCUAAUAAGGCAUUUGGAGAACACUCUAGGGAAGGAAGAAGUAUGAGAUGUUACAAUUUGAAUUUUAGGUUUCUUUUCUUUUUUCUUACUAAUUACAUAGCCAAUUUUACUCAAAGAUUGAUGACUUUCAUACAUAUACACUAGGAGGAUGAAUUUUGUUUCC